CAGCACAAGCUCCAAAUCAAUCCAUCUCUUCAAUCUCAUUCAUUCCUCCUCGACUAAUUCGCGAAUUCUGAUCCUGAUUCUCUCGUGAAUUGCGUUGUCUGAAUCAGAAUCACUGAAUUCGUAUUCUUGGAAUCCCAAGAAGAAGAAGAAAAAUGCAACUUGCGAGCUGCGAGUUCCCGGCCGCCGUGGUCCGCCGUGCCGGACCAGCGCUGCCAUGCCGGCGUCGAACCAGGACGACACUGAGGAGGCCGGCGUGGGCGAGGCCGUCCCGGCGAGACGGCGCGGAGUUCUCGGGCGGCGGUGGAGGGGGCGCGGUGGACGAGGGGAUGGUGGUGCUGCGGCGGAGGAUCCACGAGAUGAGGGCGGCGGAGCGCGGGUGGGAGCCACCGGCGGAGUGGGCGGCGUGGGAGAAGGAGUGGUACGGGAGGUACGACGCCGACGUGUGCGCGGCGGUGGGCGCCGUGCAGGCGUUCCUGAUGAGGUCCCGCCCGGGCGUCGGCGUCGGGAUCGUGGCGGCGGUGGCGGUGAGCGUCCCGGCCUCCGCCUUGCUCCUCCUCUUCCACCUCCUCCAUGCCUCCCAGGCUCUCCUCGCCAACUAAUUAAUUGUUCUUCAUUUCUACUACUACUCAUUUUAUUUUUUUAUUUUUUAUCUAAUAAAGACUAGUAGUAGUAGAUAGUGUUUUUUAUUUUGUUUAUCAUCUUAAUUAUUACAGGAUAAAAAAAGACUAUUAGUAUAUGAGCAUUGAGCAAUUCUGUAAUAUAACAUAAUGUUCAAGUGAGCUAGCAUGGCAGGACUUGGGCCAAAUGGUCAUGCAUGUUUCUUCUCU